CGGAAGAGGCAAGGCAAAGGGACUGACCUAGAAACGCCCCUGGGAAGGAAGGAGGGAAUGAGAGAGAGAGGAGGGAAGGGAGGAAGGAAGCAUAAAGGAAGGAAGGAAGGCGGGCCUAGGUCGCCAUAAGCCGGAGUCCAGCAGCAAAAGGGAGCUGAGAGCCAGGGCUGCUGGCAUUGGGGCUGCUUUUGCUGCUUUCCCUUUGCUUUCUUUUUGUAGCAAGCACCACCACUACUGCCCCCACCAUCAUCCUGGGCACCUGGAGAUCUGCAAGGAGUGGUUUGAGCAUUGGACUAGGACUCUGGAAACCACGGUUUGAAUCCCGGCUCAGCCAUGGAGACUUGCUGAGUGUCCUUGGGAUUUUUGCUCAUCAAGCCUGAUUUCAUCUCCUGACUUGAGCAGGAACUGUGGUUGCCAGAUCUACUCGUCUUGGAGGAGAUGGAGGUUACUACCCAGCACAGAGCAGGGCUUCCUGAUGUGACAAUCAAUGUGGAGGAAGAAGAGGAGCCAUGUGAGCGACAUCAGGAUGAAUCUGAGUCCUCAGAGGCCAAUGCAGAUUUUCCUGACGUGAUAAUCAAGAUGGAACCAGAAGAGGAAUCAGAAUCAGAACAACAGCCAGAACAUGAGACUUUUCCAGGGAUCAGCUCAGCGGAGUUUUUGCGUGUCAAGGCUGAUCUGAUCUCUUGGCUUGAACAGAGCCCGUGGUUACCAAACGAACUCAUCUUGGAAAAAAUGGAGAUUGCUUCUCAGGGCAACACAGCAUUUCUUGAUGUGCCAAUCAAGUUGGAACAGGAAGGGGAACCAUGCAGUCUUACACUCCAGGAUUCAGAGGCCUUCCCAGGGACCAGCUCAGAGUGGGAAAUGGGGCUUCUGUCUCUACCGGAAAGGACAGCCAGUGAAGCAGAUCAGGAGCUGGUGACCUUUGACGAUGUGGCUGUAUACUUCAGCAAGGAGGAGUGGGACCUCCUGGAUCCAGACCAGAGAUCUCUAUACAUUGAUAUCAUGAUGGAAAAUUAUGAGAGUCUGUCCUCAUUGGCAAAUAACUGGAAGAGAAUGAGCAUACGUGCAGAUGGGACAUAUGAUACCUGUUUUACACACAAACUGGAUCCACCUAGAGAAGAGCAACUUCAAGAAGAACAGGAAUUAGGAAGCAGUGAUUCUACAUACACGCUCCUCACAGAAGAGAAAACUCCUGAAUACCAGGACUGUGGAACACGUUUCCCUGAGAUCACAAUCCUUUUGUAUGAUCAAAGCGUCCCCUUAGGAGAAAAUCCAUUCAAAUGCACCGAGUGUGGGAAAUGCUUUUCUCAGAAUUCCUAUCUUGUGAGGCACCAAAGAGUCCACACAGCAGAGAAAUCAUACAAAUGCCUGGAGUGUGGGAAAUGUUUUCCUUGGAAUUCAUACCUUGUGAGGCACCAAAGAGUCCACACAGGAGAAAAAGCAUACGAAUGUCAGGAAUGUGGGAAAUGCUUUGCUUACAAGUCAGACCUUGUGAGGCACCAGAAAGUCCAUGCCGGACCGAAAGUUUACGUAUAUCAGGAGGGUGGGGAACUCCUUGUUCAACGCCAGAGACUCCGUGUAGCAGAAAAACCAUUCAAAUGCGAGGACUGUGGGAAAUCUUUUACUCAGAGUUCAGCCCUUGUGAGGCACCGUAGUGUCCACACAGGUGAAAAGCUAUUUAAAUGCCAAGAGUGUGGGAAAAGUUUUGCUAAGACAUCAAACCUUUUGUACCAUCAGAGAGUCCACACAGGAGAGAAACCAUUCAGAUGCACAGAGUGUGGGACAUGUUUUGCUCACAAGUCACAGCUUGUGACACACCAGAGGCUCCACACAGGAGAGAGACCAUUCCAGUGUCAAGUGUGUGGGAAAUACUUUGCUCAGACUUCUACCCUUGUUAGGCAUGAAAGACUCCACACAGGUGAGAAACCAUACAAAUGCCAAGAAUGCGGGAAAAGUUUUGCUUCAAAAUCACAACUUGUCAUCCAUGAAAGAGUCCACACAGGAGAAAAACCGUACAAAUGCCAGGUGUGUGAAAAAUGUUUUAGUAACAAUUCUGACCUUGUGAAACACCAGAGAAUUCACACAGGAGAGAAACCAUACAAAUGCCAGGUGUGUGGGAAAUGUUUCAGCAGCAAUUCAGACCUUGUGAAGCAUCACAGAGUCCACACAGGAGAAAAACCAUACAAAUGCAAGGAGUGUGGGAAAUCUUACAGUAACAAUUCAGACUUUGUGAAGCAUCACAGAGUCCACAUAGGAGAGAAUGCAUACAAAUGCCAGGAGCCAGAAGUAUAUAUUAGUAAUAAAUCAGAACCUGUGAAGCCUCCUCCAGUGCAGACAGGAGAGAAGGAAUACAAAUGUGAAGAGUGUGGCAGAUUGUUUUAUAAGACUUCAACACUUCUGUUACAUCAAAGAACUCACACGGGGGAAAAACCAUACCAGUGCCCAGUGUGCGGGAAAUGCUUUGCUCGGACAUCACACCUUGUGGCACAUCAGAGGCUCCACACAGGAGAGAAACCAUUUAGGUGUGAGGAGUGUGGGAAGUCAUUUGCUGAGAGUUCAAGCCUCGUGAAGCACCGUAGAGUCCACACAGGAGAGAAGCCAUACCAGUGCCUGGUGUGUGGGAAAUGCUUUGGUAGGAGCUCGGCUCUUGUGAUCCACCAAAGAGUCCAUACUGGGCAGAAGCCAUAUCAGUGCCAGGAAUGUGGAAAAUGUUUUGCUCAGAAUGGUGGCCUUGCGACCCAUCAAAAAAUCCACACGGGAGAGAAGCCAUUCAAAUGCCAGGAAUGUGGGAAAUGUUUUGCUCUAAAGUCAGUUCUUGGGAUGCACCAGAAAGUUCAUACAAGAGAGAAAUCUUUCAAAUGCCAGGAAUGUGAUAAAUGUUUUACUCACAAUUCAGAGCUUGUGAAGCAUCAGAAAGUCCACACAGGUGACAAACCAUACAAAUGCGAUCAAUGUGGAAAAGCUUUUACUAAGUCCACAAUCCUUCUGUUACAUCAGAGAACACACACAGGUGAGAAACCACACCAGUGCCAGGUGUGUGGGAAGUGCUUUAGUUGGAAGUCAAACCUUGUGACACACCAGAGACUGCACACAGGAGAGAGACCCUACAAGUGUAAAGAGUGUGGUAAAUCUUUUGCUGAGAGUUCAAGCCUUGUGAAACACCGUAGGGUCCACACAGGAGAAAGACCAUACAAGUGCCUGAAGUGUGGGAAGUGUUAUGCUUACAGUUCAGACCUUCUGAACCACAACAGAGUCCACACAGGACAGAAACCAUACAAAUGCCAAGAAUGUGGGAAAUGUUUUGCUGUUAAAUCAGUUCUUGUGAUGCACUACAGGGUGCACACCAAAGAGAAACCAUACAAAUGCCAGGUGUGUGGGAAAUGUUUUAGUAACCAUUCAGACCUUGUGAACCAUAACAGAAUCCACACAGGGGAGAAGCCAUUCCAAUGCACAGCAUGUGGAAAAUGUUUUGCUCUAAAGUCAAUUCUUGUAACACACUACAGACUCCACACAGGAGAGAAACCAUUCCAGUGCCAUGUGUGUGGGAGAUCUUUUACUCAAAAUUCAGCAUUUGUGGCCCACCGUAGAAUCCACGCAAAGGAGAAAUUAUUCCAGUGGCCCGAAGGUGCGGAAAGUUUUGCUUCAGUUUCACAACUUGCGCUACCAAAAGAGAACCCACCCAGCACAGAAACUAUAUAAAUGCCAGGGGUGAGGGAAAUGUUUUACUAUGAAUUUGCAUCUUGUGAUUAACCAGAGAUCUACAUAGGGCAGUAAAUGCUCAUAUAGUAAUAGUGUGUGACAAGUUUUGCUUAGAGUCUGGACUAUCAAAAUAUCUCAGCAGAAGACAGUAGCGUGGGAAACAAAUUCUUUGCUAAGUGGCAUAACCUUGUCACCUCCCAGAGACUACUGUCCUUCAGCAUUUGUCAUCUCAGAUGCUUUGGGACGUGUUUCCUGCCACAAAAGAAAAUACUUGACUGCAGAACACUAUAGGGGGACUGAAUGGGGGACAGAGUUGGGUAUCCGUUUAAGACGCAGAGUCAGGUUUCCACCCCUCCGUGCAUGGGCUGGAUUAUGUCACUUUCAAUUGGUGCCACAGUCUGAUCCAGGAACAGUUAUCAAUCAAAAUCAUGCAUGAGAUGAGUGACAAGUAGGGCGCCAUGGGAUUCUGCCUUGGGCCUGGUAUUGUUCAGUAUUUUUGGAAAUGACUCUGAUGAUAGACUAAAGAGUAAGCAUAUCAAUGUUUCAGACAAUGCCAAACAGGAGUGGCUCAUCAUAAAACAGAAUCAGGAUUCAAGAUGAUUUUGAUAGAUUGCAAAACUGAACCAAUACUAAAGGUAUGGACCUCAACAAGGUUAAGUAAUGUAAGGCACUAGACUUUGGUAGGAAAAAUCAGAUGCACAGUUUCCUUGACUCCAGUGUCCAGUUGCUUGGGUCAUAGUAGAUUACAACUGAAAUAUCAAUGAACAGCAUGCAAAAAACUAGAGAAAAAGGUGCACAUUCUGUGCUACAUCAGCAGUAAUAUAAUCUACAGAGCAUGGGAAAUAGAGGUACUGUUCUUUUUUGCUUUGAUUGUGCCUCUCCUGGAAUAUAGUCUCCAGUUCUGGGCACCACAGUUUAAGAGAGAGACUGACAAGCUGGAAAACAUCCAGAAGAGGGAGACUGAGAUGUAAAAGCUCUGGAAACCCAAGGAAUGAUUGAGGAAGCUUCUGUAUGUUUAGCUUGGAGAAGAGAAGGCAGAAAAGUGAUACGACAGCUUGAAAUAUCUGAAGGGUUGUCACGUGGAAGAGUGGAAGAGCUUGUUGCUGUUUCCAGAAGGGAGGACCCAGACCAGUGGAUUCAAAAGACAUGAAAGGAGUCUGAUUAAACAUUUGGAAAAAUG